ACUGAUAUUAGGAAGUGAGUAAGCUGUCUGCAGACAUUGUCAGCAAGCAAAGGGCAAGAUGGGCAACGUGGAUCUGGCCAAGCUUGGUGCCAUCCUGGUGAAAAACGUAGUGACCGGAGAGGUGAGUCAAUGUGAAUUAAAUACUUUGUGGAAAGACAACACGAGCGUCCUCUUCUUCCUGCGAAGGUUUGGCUGCCAGAUUUGCCGCUGGAUUGCGAAAGACGUCUCGCAGCUCAAGGAAUCAUUGGAUGCCAAUCAGAUCCGGCUCAUUGGUAUCGGCCCGGAAACUUUGGGUCUGCAAGAGUUCCAAGAGGGCAAUUAUUUCACAGGAGAGUUAUAUCUAGAUGAAUCGAAGCAGAGCUACAAGGAGCUGGGGUUUAAAAGAUAUAAUGCGCUUUCUAUCGUCCCCGCUGCUCUGGGGAAGAAGGUCCGAGAUAUUGUUACAAAGGCCAACGCUGUUGGGGUUCAGGGCAAUUUCAGUGGAGAUCUCCUACAGAGUGGUGGGAUGCUCAUCGUCAGCAAAGGUGGAGAGAAAGUGCUCCUCCACUUUGUCCAAGACUCUCCAGGCGACUAUGUUCCUCUAGAGACCCUGGUCACAACGCUGGGGAUUACAGCCGAUGUGACCGCCAGCCAGCGCUAUCAGUGUAACGAUGAAGUCUGCACUAGAUGAAGAAGAAAUCGUCAGAUGAGUCACAUGAUGCACCUUUAUAUUUUUUUGGACUUUGCACUGAUUGGUGUUUUCAGUACAAGUGAUACGGCUGA